CUUGCCUUGCUGCUUUAUCAGCUGAUGAACGAUGCGCACUUUAAAAGUACAGUGACAACAAAAACAUUAGAAAUCAAUAAUUGUCGAGGGAGGUCAGGUCAGGUCGAGCUGCGGUCCAGACCACAGAUACGGAAACCCAGUCUACCGUCGCCGUCGCUGCGUCGCAGCCCCUCCUCAGCAGUCUGACUUGUUUUGCCAAGACGAGUAGUUGGUUUGGAUUUUAAGCACCUGAGCCAAAGCUCGUCAUGCGAUGGCGGCUUUAGUAAAAAUCUGGGCACUUUUUGUGCUGUCUUUGUGCUUUGCUGUUGCUUGCAAUGGUCAAAAUGGUGCAGAUCUAUCUGAUCCUCAGCGUACGGAGUAUGAAAUUCUAGCCGAUGUUAGCUCAGGUGCAAAUGAGGUACUUUCUGGGACUCCUCUGGUUGUUUAUGAAACUGUACCACCCCAAAGUACUGAAGAACAAGACUUGAAGGUUGUUAUCCUUGAUGAUGUAGCAAACCAAAGUAACAAAGGUUCUGAGUCUAUCAGUUCCCCUCCUAACAAUGAAGAAAAAAAGGAGCUGCCAGCCAUUCAAAAGAAAGCACCUUGUUUGGGAUGUCCCAUAGAAGUGGACAUAAGUAUCCCUGAAAACCUUGAAAAUUUGCAAAGAUUGCUGAAGCAACCUCUUGCAGCUAUGGAAUCAACAAGCAUCUACAAGUAUGGCACCCCAAACAUCCUCUCUGCCAAAAAACAGGUUGAAUUGGGCAUUAGAUACAUUAUUACAUUUGAAGCUCGACGCACUUUGUGCCCAAUUCCAAGUGGUACUCCAUCAACCCCAGUAGAGUGCAAUCUUCAAGAUGAGGAAAGUCGUGUGUGUGUGGUAGAAAUUUUAAAGAAGAUUGAUGGAUCACAGCUUGUAGCAUUUAAUAACUGCACUGAUGAUGAAUCCUCUACGGAAUUUCAUAAUAGGGAAUCUCAUGAGAAUGCUUUUGAAGGAAACUCUCCAGACAGUAGAGUAGAUAUGGAUACAAUUAAUAUAAAGCCAGUUGAUUUCGUUGAAAGGUUUGAUGAUCUAGAAGAAGACCUGGAAAGUACAGCUAACAAUAGUCCUCAAGAUACCGAUGUUACUGAGGUUGUUGAAAGUAUCCGAGCAAAACGGUUGGCCAAUUUUGGAGCCCUACGAGAUGUUGAUAAAAGUGAACAUGACUUGAUCUCUCAGUUUGCUGAAUUAGCUGUAAAGACUCUUGAUGAAGUCGAUCCAGACAACACUAAAAGAAUUGUGUUGGGUGUGUCAGAAGCCAAGAAACAAAUAGUGAAUGGUAUAAUGUAUCAUUUAGUCAUUCAAGUGGGGACUUCAACAUGCCGAGAAAAUGAGGGAAGUACUAGUGAUGCAAACUGUGUUGAAAACCACCUGUAUCCAGAAAAAGUAUGUCGUGUUCAAAUUCAUCGUAGCUGGGCAGAUGAAUCUCCUCUUAAUGCCAAGGUUGUCAAAUCAGAGUGUGCUGAUGUCUGGCCUGAUGACUUCCCUUCUGAGCCACUUCCUACUGAGAGAGUAAGGCGCAGCAGUCAAGAAAAUUGGCCUAGCACUGAUGGCUGGAAAAAAUAUGACUUGGAGGAUCGUUCUCAAGGAGAUUGUCUUGAUAAAGUUAUGACCUCAUUUCAAGAUGUUCUCAAUGUAAAAGAUGUAUCCAAGGUUGCAACUAUUCGUGAUGCUCAUACACGGGUGAAUAAAGAGAGCAUGCAGCCGGAAAUGGUGAUCACGAUCCUGUUGACCGAUCCAGCAAAACUGAAGAUGUUAGGUGAUGUUAAGAAGCCAAUGGUUGUAUCAUCAAGGGUUGUUUGCACUCAACGACUGAAAAGGUCACCUGGUGUACCUGGAGGUCUCUCAGACGCUGAUGUCAAUGACCCGCAUGUGAUGGAAAUUACACAAUUUGCCUUGGCUGAAAUUCAAAAGUCUGUCAAUAGUCCUUAUCAACACACUUUAGUUCGUAUAAUUGAAGCACGCCGCCAAGUUGUCGCAGGAACCCUUUACCACUUUAAACUGGAAGUAGCUCCAACAUCAUGCCUCAAGACUGAUCAGUCCAGUCAAAACUGUGCUUCAAGUAAUUCUGAGCAACUUCUUAUUUGCACUUUGAAAGUGUGGGAUCAACCUUGGACUAAGUUGCGUGAAGUUCAAGAUUUGAACUGUGGCAGUUCUCGUUCAAAACGUGAAGAACCACUUCUUGGUGGACCUCAAACUAUUGAUGGAGAAGAUCCAUAUGUUAAAGAGCUGGCUAGUUUUGCUGUUGCUGAAAUUGAUAAGGGGUUGAACAGCCCCUACCAGCAAAAAGUUGUUCGAGUUGUGGAAGCUAAGACACAAGUAGUUGCAGGUACUCUGAUGCAUUUGAAGUUGGAACUUGCCACUACCAAUUGCCUUAAAAAUGAAAAGGUUGCGUCAGAGAAUUGUGUUCACGAUUCUGAUCAGGCCACAACUAUGUGCAGUUUAAAAGUGUGGGAUCGAUUGUGGUUAAAAAAGCGUGAACUUCAAGAUGUUCAAUGUGGAAGAACUCGAUUGAAGAGGGAGAUCCCUGGGGAACAAUCUCUGGAUAUAUUUAAAGAAGUGGAUGUCAAGGACCCUUAUAUAACUGAAUCAGCAAAUAUUGCCCUUCAAGAAAUUGAUCAUCAAACGAAUAGUCCAUAUCGUCAGAAACUUGUUCAUGUACUUGCUGCCCAAGUCCAGCACUCAUCAGUUACCAAUGUAAAAUUGUACUUGGUUGUUGGCCAUUCAACAUGCAGGAAAUCAUCAACUUCAAGUAACUGUGCUCUUUUAAAGGAUACUGAUAAACAGACAUGUCAUGUUCAGAUGGUUCAUAUGCCUUUACUUAAGGUUAGAAGAGUAACAAGUUUAAAAUGUGCCUCAUUUGGAUCUGAUAAAAACCUCCGACCCCAUAAUCAUCUGAUUGGUGAAGAUGAUGUGGAUUUAAGUGCUGGGUUGUUCAGAGACUUCAUUCAUAGUUUCAAUAAAACGUACUCCUCUGAUGCUGAACUGCAGAAACGGUUUCACAUCUUCCGAGCUAAUCUGAAAAUCAUUGACAGACUGCAAAAAGGGGAACAGGGAACAGCACAAUAUGGACCCACUAUAUUUGCUGAUUUGAGUCCAAAGGAGUUCAAAGAUACAUACUUAGGACUUCGCAAAGAUUUACACCAAGAAAAUGGAAUUCCCAUGAGAAUGGCAAGUAUUCCCAACAUUAAAUUGCCAACGUCAUUUGACUGGAGGGAUCAUGAUGCCGUAACACCUGUCAAAAACCAAGGAGCAUGUGGAUCAUGCUGGGCAUUUGCUGUGGCAGGAAACAUAGAAGGUCAAAAUGCCAUCAAACAUGGAAAACUAGUUUCGCUUUCAGAACAAGAGCUCGUAGAUUGUGACACAUUGGAUGAUGGAUGUAAGGGAGGCUUGCCUGAAAAUGCUUACCAAGCAUUAGAAAAGUUAGGUGGCAUUGAGACUGAAAGUGAUUACCCCUAUGAAGGUGACGAUGAACAAUGUCAUUUUAAUCGCAGUGAAGCUGUGGUUCAAGUAAAGAGUUCUGUGAAUAUUACUACAAAUGAAUCUGAUAUGGCUAAAUGGCUUGUCAAAAAUGGUCCUAUAGCUAUUGGUAUUAACGCUAAUGCUAUGCAGUUCUAUGUUGGUGGAGUUUCUCACCCUUUUAAAUUUCUGUGUAGUCCAGGAAAUUUAGAUCAUGGUGUACUCAUCGUGGGCUAUGGUGUGCACACUUACCCUAUGUUUAAAAAAGAACUUCCCUUCUGGACUAUUAAAAACAGCUGGGGGGAGAGGUGGGGUGAACAGGGUUACUAUCGAGUGUACCGGGGUGACGGUACAUGCGGAGUGAAUCAAAUGGCCUCCUCGGCUGUGAUUGCCUAGAUUAUUAACUUUGAAGCUUGGAGCACAUUCUUUAUUAGGACAGUUUUGUCAAUGUAAUCCUGUCGGCUUUUGUGGGGUGUGUAUCUCUUAGUCUAGAUUUAAGUAUGUGAUAAUAUCACACUGCAUCGAUCUGUAUCAGUAUGCUAUCAAAGUUGUGGUGAAUCUCUGACAAUUUAGGUGAAAUGUGACUUGCUCAGUUAAAGUACAACAGGGUGGUCAUUUGUCACAUCUUUCUUCUCUCUUGUGUAUAUUUAUCUAUCUAACAUUGUGGUCGACUUGGUUGUGAGGUAAUGUGAUGAAAGAAAGCUUGAUGAAGUAUCCCCAUUUCACUAUCUUGUACCUUUUGUUCUGUGAUUUUUUUUUAUUUUGCUGUGUAGUGGAGCUUUUAUUUUAUCAGCUUUUAUGUUAUGAACUACUAUUAACUGUUCUUAUACUUUAAUACUGAAAAUGUUGUUUUUUACUUGAUGUUAACUCCAUCAGCUGCUUUCAAAACUUUGUUUCUGACUCACUCAACUUUAAUGUGAUAAUAUUUCAGUUUACGUUUUGUUAUUGUAGUGACAAAUGCUUCAAUUUAAUGUAAAUUCCCUAUUGGAGAACAUACUGUUAACUACUGGUAAAGUUCUCCAGGAACUACUAUAUUAUUCUGUCAAGUUCACUUCCCUUAAGUCACAAAUACCCAAGUGCCAAAAUAAGAAAUGCUUACAUUUUUCAUUGAAUCUCUUAAUAUUGUUGUUCUAUCUAGUGGGAGACCACAUUUUGUGCCAUGACUCUACACAUCAGUAAUAAAUCAUGGAAACUUA